AUGUCUGGGACUGCCCCAAAUAAUCCUGCCUCCGGUGGCUCAUACCAACAUGGACAGGCGCAAAACAUCAUCGAUGAAACUAAAGAAACCUUUGGACGAACGGUGGAUGCGAAUAUCGGGGAUAGCAUCGACGCGGGGAACACUAAAGGCGGCACUUCCAGCCGCGUUGAUGACAUCCUCGAUCAACCUGGCAAAGGAAGUGGGAAUACAGCGGCGCAGCGCAAAGCUUCAGCUGUUGAUGAGAAGGGCUUCAAAGUUGGGGAGGAGGCGGAUUUUCAUAAUCUGGCACAGAGCAAACAACCUUAA